AUGUUAAUUGAAGCUAAAUCAAGGUAAUGUCUAUGCUCAAUUUUAUAGUUCCAAAGUGCAAUUAAAAUAUCGUCCUCCUCUUCUCACUUUUUAAGAANUUUUUUUUAUAUUUUCAUUAAUUGGCAUUUAAUAUAAAUUAUUUUAAGCUACCUCCUUACUGAAAAUUUUUAUAGGGCAGUCAUUAACUCUGCCUGCUAUCUAAUCAUAUACUCUAGUUAAUCGCAAAUUCUUUAUUCAAAUAUCGAAUUUUUUUGGCAAUAUAGGCUUCAAAUUAAAUAUUUGA